UGACAAACACCAGGACAACUGCCUUUUCAUAAGCCUUGUUUACAGACUAAUCAAGAUGGUCGUUCUCGCAGCGUCAAUCUGCACCCGCGGGGGGAAGGCGAUUGUCUCACGCCAGUUCCGUGAGAUGCAGCGCUCAAGAGUGGAAGCCCUGCUUGCGGGAUUCCCAAAGCUGGCGGAUAGAGGAACUCAGCAUACGACAGUAGAGCAGGACAAUGUGCGCUUCGUUUACCAGCCUCUCGACGAGCUCUACAUGGUGCUCAUCACCAACCGCCAAUCCAACAUCCUCCAGGACAUCGACUCUCUCCAUCUCUUCGCGCAAGUUGUUACCAGCACAUGCAGGAGCUUGGAUGAGCGUGAGAUCUUGAGGAACGCUUACGAGCUGCUGAGCGCAUUUGAUGAGAUCGUCACACUGGGAUACCGCGAGAACCUCUCGAUCAGCCAGAUCAAGACAUUCUUGGAGAUGGAGAGUCACGAGGAGCGCAUCCAGGAGAUCAUCUCCCGCAACAAGGAACUCGAGGCCACGGAGGAGCGCAAGAGGAAGGCGAAGCAAUUGGAGAUGCAACGAAAGGAGGUCUCGAGAUCUGGCCGAAACGCCCCACCACGGGCUCCCAACUACCCUACAUACACUCCAACUGCGCGAACGCCUACGACAGAAACCUACGACUCCUAUGAGGCAGAGAAGAAUAAAUCAUACAAGGCUACCGCAUCAAAGGGCAAGGGCAUGCAACUGGGGAAGAAGUCGAAGACCACAGAUAUGUUUGAGCGCGUCCGUGGUGAGAUGGGAGUCGAGGCUGAGGACACCUCGCCCCUGGUUCCUGUCCAGAUCCCAACUGCGCCAGCUGGACACGCACGCUCCAGCAGCUUGCAGUCCAGCCUCGACAGGGAUGUCAUCCACGUCACAAUCAGCGAGACCAUCAACGCCAAGUUGACAAGAGAGGGCUCCGUAAACUCGAUAGAAGUCAAGGGCGAUCUCCAACUAAGAAUAUCCGACGAGUCUUUCCGCAAGGUGAAGCUUAACCUGACGGCAAAUGAAGGCCACGGCGCUCAAUUCAAGACCCAUCCAAAUGUGGAUCGAGACCUUUUCACCAGCUCAAAGGCUAUCCAGAUGAAAAACCAGGGGAAAUUCCCUCUUAAUAACUCUGUCGGCGUGCUGAGGUGGAGAGCUACACCAAAGGCUGAUGAUAGCAGCGCCAUCCCCAUUACCUUUACCGUGUGGGUUAACAAGGGCUCGGACAGCAAUUAUACCGUUACCGUGGAGUACGAACUCACUGGAGGUGAUGCAUUAAAGGACGUCAGUGUCAUCAUUCCCUUUGCCACCAGCGAGCCCGUGGUUGCCAGCUUUGACGCCACAUACGAAGUAUCCGGUGAUAGCUUAGAAUGGACUAUUGGAAUGGUGGAUGAUGACAAUGCAACCGGCUCCUUCGAAUUCGAGGCUCAAGCUCACGACGAGAAUGAAUUUUUCCCAAUGCACAUCAAGUUCUCCAAGACGACACCAUAUAUCGAUGUUGACGUCACUGCUGUGUCGCUAGUCGAGAUGGAUGAGGAGGUCACUUUCUCGAAAGAGAUCAAGUCGAUUACAGAGUCAUACGCUAUUGAAUGAUUCGACCAUGUAUUGAGCGUUACGAACGUUUCUUAAUCAGGGAGCAUGGCGUCGAAGGCUGCAGGCUCUUUGAAGCUAGAAAUCAAUGUCGAUAUCACGUAGAAAGUAGAUGAAGCCGUUAUCGGAUUUAUGAAUGAUGUGUUGAGUUCACGACGCGUCGGUGCAACUGUUUGGC